GCUGCUCUGCCACUGGUGCUAACUCAUGCUGCCCCCCACCAGCACGCAACCAAGCAAGCCGCUGCCUCUGCAACCCAGACCAUCGCUGCCGCGCAGCACGCUGCCUCCUCCAACAAGAACCCUGCUGUGCAGCAGCAGCAGCUAGUACAGAGCUGCAAGGCGGUGGCAGAGCAAAUCCCAAUGCUGGUGCAGGGCAUGCGAGGAAGCCAGUCCCAGAUGGACAGCCCCAGUGCCCAGCUGGCUCUCAUUGUUGCCAGCCAGAACUUCCUGCAGCCUGGUGGGAAGAUGGUAGCCGCAGCCAAGGCCACAGUCCCCACCAUCAUGGACCAAGCCUCUGCGAUGCAGCUCAGCCAGUGCGCCAAGAACUUGGCCAUGGCUCUGGCCAAGCUCCGCACGGCCACCCAGAAGGCUCAGGAGGCGUGUGGACCCCUGGACAUAGACUCCGCACUGGGUCUUGUGCAGAGCCUGGAGAGGGACUUGCAGGAAGCUAAGGCAGCUGCCUGUGACAGCAAGCUCAAGCCUCUACCGGGAGAGACAAUGGAGAAGUGUACCCAGGACCUGGGGAACAGCACAAAAGCUGUCAGCUCUGCCAUUGCUCACCUCCUGGGAGAGGUGGCUCAGGGCAACGAGAACUACACGGGUACUGGUCUCCGUGCCGGGGCUGGGAGAGGGGAGGGGGCUGUGCUGGUAGCGACUGACCUUUCCACCCCCCCAGGGAUUGCUGCCCGAGAGGUGGCCCAGGCCCUGUGCUCGCUUGGCCAGGCUGCCCGCGGUGUGGCGGCUAGCACCCCCGACCUGCAGGUGCGGAAUGCCAUGCUGGAGUGCACUGGCUGCAUCAUGGAUAAAGCCAACAACCUCAUCGAGGAGGCGUGGAAAGCAGUGGCCAAGCCUGGUGACCCAGAGAGCCAGCAGCACCUGGCCCAGGUGGCCAAGGCGGUGUCGCAGGCCCUGAGCCGCUGUGUCAACUGUCUGCCAGGACAGCGGGACAUGGACGCUGCCAUCUGCAUGGUGGGAGAGGCCAGCAAGAGGCUGCUCGUGGAUGCGGUGAGCUGA